CAGGCGUCGAUAGAGUCUAUCUACUAAUGACACAAGAACCUGACGACAAUGUCCAACGUUACGUAUAAUAUUGACCAUUAUUUAUGUAGUGAUAAGGGCCUUCUACUUCCCGCUAUCAAUGAGUACACCUGGAACACAUAUAUUCGGGCAGUUCUUUAUUUAGUUGCAAUGUUGUGGUGUUUCUUCGGGGUUGCUUUAGUAUCGGAGGCUUUUAUGUGUAGUAUCGACCAUAUCACAAGCAAGACUAUUUAUCUUCCCGGUCCACAUGGAGACGGCUUUAAUUUGGUCGAAGUUAAGGUAUGGAACGAAACGGUGGCGAAUUUGACCCUCUUAGCUUUUGGAACCAGCGCACCGGAGAUUCUACUCAACGUCAUAGAGACGUGCGGUCACUCCUUCCAGGCUGGGGAGCUGGGCCCAGGGACAAUCGUGGGGUCAGCGGCCUUUAACAUGUUUUUUAUCACAGCUUUUGCAGUUGGCUGCAUCCCUGCCGGAGAAACCAGAAGAGUCAAGCACCUUGGUGUGUUUGCCGUGACCAGCAUAUUCGGCAUUUGGGCUUAUGUGUGGCUGAUAUUGGUCGUUCUCGUCAUCACGCCUAAAGUCGUGGAAAUAUGGGAGGCCGUUCUCACACUUUUGAUGUUUCCAUUGCUCAUUGUUUUCUCGUAUUUGGCCGACGUAGGAUUCGUGUGUGCCAAUAAGCGAGUAGGAGUAACGGCCGACCUUGAAAUAGGCCUGGAUCUAGACAAGAAUGAGAAAAUCGAUUCAACUGAGUUUUUGGAACUUGCGCGAAAACUGGCCAAAGAGUUGGGCAUGAACGAAGAUGACGUUGCUAAGACAAUGGCCACCCACAUCUCAAAGAAACACCGCAAGUCUUCCAUCUGGUACAGGGUCCAGGCCACAAGGUUGAUCACAGGUGGGGCCAAGCUGGAGCAACCACGGUCAAGUGUGGAGGAUGCCAAUUUAAAGAUGCUCCAAGAAAUCGUAGCCGAGCCACGGAGGUUGCCCGUUGGAGCCACAGAGUCCAAGGAUGGUGGCAAAGAUCUCAGGUUGUCAGCCUCCUCGGAACAAAACCUGCUUCACUUGAAGAAAUCCAUGGUGGAGUUUACAGCGGCCACCUGCACCGUCCUUGAGAAUGAAGGUCAAGUGAGGGUAGGGAUCAGACGUCAUGGCGAUUUAUCUAAAACCAUAACAAUUGGCGUUGAAACAAUAGACGGCACGGCCGAAGCAGGGGGAGACUAUAUAGCCAUGAAGCAGCUGUUGACCUUUGAACCCGGAGAAACCCUCAAGUAUGUUUCCAUUGAGAUAGUGGACGAUGACAUCUGGGAGCCGGACGAGUUUUUUUUCGUCAAGUUGUUCCAUCACCCCGAGGGCAGCAGCACAGAGGAGGUGGUCAUCGGCAAGCUGGCAAUCAACCAGGUCACCAUCGUGGACGACGACAACCCAGGACACUUAGAGUUCAGCAAACCCAGCUUCAUCAUCAAAGAAAGCGCCACGUCAGCAAACCUUGUGGUCAACAGGUUGGACGGUGCUGACGGUGAGGUUAUUGUCAACUGGCGCGCCAGAGACCUGAAGCCGACAUCCAAGCGAGACUGCGUGGGAGUGGAGGGAGUACUCACGUUUGGCCACGGAGAAACCAGCAAAGUUAUCACCAUAAUGGUUAACGACCUCAAGGGCGAUGAUGAGUUAAGCUUCCAAGUUGAGCUCAGUAAUCCGACAGGGGGCGCUACUCUGGGACAUAUUGACAAAACUAUCGUCACAAUAAUCAAAGAUGACGAGUUCAACAGUAUGCUCCACCGUAUCGCCAACAAAACCAAGGCCAACCUAGAGAACAUGAAGCUUGGCACCACCACCUACGCCGGUCAGUUCCGGGCAGCCAUGUGUGUCAACGGUGGGAAUCUGGAGACCGCCUCGGUGCUGGACUACGUCUUGCACUUUAUCACGUUUUUCUGGAAGGUGCUCUUUGCCUUCCUCCCCCCUCCCUCAGUGGGCGGGGGUUGGCCCACAUUCAUCUUAUCUCUGCUAACUGUCGGACUACUGACCGCCAUUGUUAACGAUCUGGCGGCCAUCUUUGGCUGUCUGGUUGGGAUGUCAAAUUACAUCACAGCCAUAACUCUAGUGGCCAUCGGUACCGGUGUACCAGACCUCUUCGCCUCCAAAUAUGCCGCCGUCAACGAGAAAUGGGCCGACUCCUCCAUUGGAAAUAUUAACGGCAGUAACAGCAUCAAUGUCUUCAUUGGCCUGGGCUUACCCUGGCUCAUUUCUAGUGUCUAUUGGAAGGUAAAGGGUAAAGAGUUCACCCACCCUACAGGGGCCGUCGGACUGAGCGUGACCGUCUUUACGGUGUGUGCCGUGUUUACCGUUCUGCUCUUGGUUGUUAGACGGUACAUGACCAUCUUUGGUAAAGCGGAACUGGGAGGUCCCAAGACGCCGAAAUAUCUGACCUGUCUGUUGGUGUCGGUGGUGUGGGUGGUCUACGUGAUGGUGUCCUCGCUACAAGCCCAGGGGUUCAUCGACGUCUUUUGACGCGGCUGGUUGAUAGAGGGCAUUGCUUUGGUUGCUCUCACAGCUGUGGCCGAAGUCAUGGACCAACACAAAUGUCAAGACUUUUGCAAUCAAAUAUUUGGCCUGCAAUAUUGUAGUUUAUGAAAGGCAAGUCGACUCAUACUUUAUUUGUCUGAUGGAUCAUAGGGUGACAAAAGAUUUCCUUGCUUUGUAUGUCCACUUGUUGCUUGAGAGCUGUGUGGAAUAUAACAUACAAUAAUUUGUAUGUACAACCCAGCUCCUGCAAUAUUACGUGUUACGAAUUGUUACUGCCCUCUUGUAUACUUGAUGCACACAUUGGCUGUUACAGUGUUGUUUUUAAACGUACCGUCUACCUCUGGUUAUUUGAUAAUUUUAUUACGUGAUGAGCAAAUAUUUAUGCACCAAAAAAAUAACAACACCCACCUCGGUAUGAGAAACUCUAUUGCUCAGUUGGCAUUUUUACAAGUGUCAUCUCACCUUUUAUUGUCAAUAAUAUUUUAGAGAUUACUGUAAAUACGCUACAGAUUCCUGUAUAAUUAUCAUUCAACAUUCGCUUUUCCAUUUGAGUAAAUGUCCGUCGAAUAUGUCAUCCUUUAUUUGUUGCCUGAUUCUUGAUAUACAUCAUUCUGUUUAGUCAGUCAGUGGAUUUCAUGGUUGGAUAGUUAACGUACCUAGAAUGGAUCUACGUGUUUCAUCAGUGUUAACAUAGACUCUAUUUUUUAUAUUGUUUGAAAAGUUUUCACAGUACAGUGUGCAUAUUUUUUCUGAUUUUUAAUAUCUUAGAAUUGUGGUAAAAGUUUAUUACCCAAUGUGUCA